AAACCAUAUGUCUGGAGCAUCCAAGAACUUGAGACUCAAAGACACAAGAAAACAUUUCUCCAAACCCUCUUGCUAAAGAAGAGCUGAAUUUCUUGGCCAGGCUAAUAGGAGGGAUGGAGAUUAAGAAACCCAGCGGCCCUGAGCCAGGAUUCCGGUUGAAUCUCUUUACCACUGAUGAAGAAGAGGAACAUGCAGCAGUAUCCAGGCCUGAAGAGUUAUCCUAUGAAGUCAUCAACAUACAGGCUACGGAGGACCAGCAACGGAAGGAAGAGCUGGCUCGGAUCAUGGGAGAAUUUGAGAUCCCAGAGCAGCCGAGGCAGAGCGCCAGCAAGGGGGAUGACUUGCUUGCCAUGAUGGAUGAGUUAUAGCUGCAUGGACCAGGCACAGCCCCUCACUUCCCUGAGAGAUGCUGCUUGAUGAUGACCCCUGGGGAAGGAAGGCCCAGAGUCCAAAGUGCUGCUGCUGGUUUCCCACCGAGUGAGGCCGCUACAUCCCUGUUUGUGUUGUAACAAACUGUGCAAGACUUCCUCAGAGAGCACCCUCUCUGAAGGGAUAUUCAUAUGUAUGUGUAUUUUCAGCAAAAUAUAU